CUAUUUGACACAAUUUACCAGUUUCCACUUACACUCACUUUCGUACUAGAUCGAGAAAUGCACAAAAAUCCCCUUAUAAAAAUAAUAAAAAGAAAAUACCCUCCUUGCUUCUACUACAAUUUCGAAAAAAUAAUGUACACCUGUUUCUGUCAUAAUUUUCGAGGGUGUUUAUAUUUUUUCUCUGGCAAUUUUUGCAAGAAAACUAAUUAAAAACGAGUGAAUUUCCAUUUAAAACUAACACAAAUCACACCCCCAAUAAUUUCCAAACAAUUUAAUAUAGUUUUCAAGUGUUCCCAGUGCAAGUGCGAGUGUGAAAAAAUGAUUUGAUAAAAAUAUAAGACACAAAUUUUCCUGUGUGAGAAUUUUCCCCCAUUUCAUUUUUAAUUUUCCUUUUUUUUUCAUUUCUUCUCUUCGUCGUCGUCUUCAAUUAUAAAAAAGUUGAAAAAAUUAUCAAGAUGUUUACCAUUCGAGUGAUCUUUUGAUGAUAUGAACAUUAUUCGCUAAUCAAUCAGGCGGAAGGGGGUUGCAGAAGAAGUUUGGACACACAAAAGCACAACAAUCCAUUCUGCAACUGAAUCUCUUACCGCCGCUGACGACAAACCUAAAACUAAUAAAAAACGUGUUGUUUUGAAUUCAACACACAAAUUUAUCGAACAUAAAAACACGAAUAAACAAACUAUAACAAAAUGGGUGCCACAACCUCCUCGGACUAUGCAAUGCCGUCGACCUCAGGAAUGCAAUCGACUUCGUCUGGUCUUGGCGGCAGCAGUGGUGGUCCCGGUGGAGGUCCGCAUUUUCGUGAACAGAGGCGAAAACGAGUGACUGGGUUUGCAACGCUCAAACGAAAAUUCAUUCGCCGGCGUCGCUCAUCGAAAGCCUGUGACCAUGCCAGAGUACUACGAGACUUUGUAUCGGACUGGAGUCCUCUAGAAUUGGCAGCCCUGUGUGAGGAAUACGAAGCAUUAGCUGCUCUCAAAGAUCUCUCGGUGCAGGCUGAGUUGGCACGACCACCGGCGACCACAUUCAAGCAAGAUCUGGCUAAUUUAUUUGACAUGAAAACAUGCACCGAUUGUGAUUUAGUAUUCCGAGGAACUAUCUUUCCCGUGCACAGAUCGAUUCUUUCGUCAAGGUGUUCGUACUUUCGUGAUCUAUUAGCAGGGUGUCCGGGUUUCGGAGCACGUAUCUGCCUUGAACUGCCAUCUUCGCCAAUCGACGUACAAAUGUUCUCAUCACUGCUGCGCUACUUGUAUACGGGUGAUCUUUGUCCCCAUGACCCAAGUAUCGAUAUAAAUCUUUUACGGCAAUUAGGCGACGAUUUUGGAACUCCAAAUCCCCUGGAACACGAUCUGAGAUAUUUAUUGGAGACGGGAGACUAUGCUGACGCAGCGCUGGUCUUCACCUCGGAAGGCAAUGACUAUCACCGGCCUGAUUCAGGCAGUUCGGAGUAUGGCUUUCGACCGAAGCUGGAGCUGCCGUGCCACAAAGCCAUUCUGAGUGCUCGAUCGCCGUUCUUUCGAAAUCUCAUUCAACGGCGGACUCGAAAUGUCGAUGAAUACACGGAACGGGCUCUGCACGUUCCAACACGCAUCGUGCUAGACGAAACUGUGAUUCCGAAGAGAUAUGCUCGUGUUCUGUUACAUGCCAUUUAUUUGGACACUGUUGACUUGUCCCUGAUCCUGAGAGGUGCUGGCAGUGGUAAUAGCGCAGGUAGCCUCGGAGAAGUACACGCUCUCACUCACACAGGUCGGGCGCGUCCCACUCCACUGGAAGAAGCAAUGGAGCUUUAUCAAAUUGGUCGAUUCUUGGAGCUGGAUAUACUAGCUCAAGGUUGCGAAGACCUGAUACUGGAAUGGCUGUCGCUGGACACACUGCCCACGGUAUUAAAAUGGGGAAAUCAGCCACAUGGCUCGGCAUGGGUAUUUCGGCAAGCAUGUCAGUAUUUACGUGAAGAGUUCUCGGCGGUCAUAUCAUCACCAGUGUUGCAUCAGUUGGAUAAGACGCAGUUGAUCUGCGCUCUACAGAGCAACUUCCUGCAAGCAUCGGAGCUGGAAGUGCUUCAGGCUGUCCUCAAGUGGGGCGAACAAGAACUAAUUCGUCGCAUGGAGGACCGUGAACCGAAUCUCUUAAGUCACACCGCACAUUCCGUUACACGGAAGGGUGUAAAGAAGCGUGAUCUAAGCGAUGUUGAGCUGAGGGAAAUUUUGUCGGAGUUGCUGCCUCUGGUGCGAAUGGAUCAUGUUCUCCCGCCAAAUAGUGAUAUUCUCUGCCAGGCCAUACGAAGAGGUCUCGUUAGCACACCACCAUCGCAUAUGAUCGGUGACGAACGCGAGAAUCUACGUGUGAACGCUUGGAUUCGGGGUGGCAAGAAUCAAGGACUGUUUGUUCGACCUCGACUCUUCAUGCCGUACUUUGAGGAGGUAAAGGCCCUCCUCGAGGAUCGAAUGGCAGCUUCGCAUCACGUCGAGCUUCUGCGUAUGCGACGCUCACGACACUUGCCCGAUAUUCCAGACACUUUGUACAUGGUGUCUCGAAUGAAUGCCGCUGGAAGUAGUGGUGUAGGUGCUCCCUCGGGGCCAGACAACAUUGAUAUGUUAGCAGCUGCAGCUGCCAUUCCCCCACCUGACGGACCGACAAUGACCGCAAUGUUCAAACGCGAGCACAAAUUACGUCAGUCGCCCAUGUGCCAGAGGGCUCUGCUGCUUCCACUCUCUUCCAAGCACGAAAUCAAUCGCCAGAUUCGACUGCGAGUGGUGCGCGAGUUCAAUUUGCCUGACCCUGUGUCUGAAUUGCUUGAGAGCACGUUGAGCAGUCAAGGUCAACAGGACGAUGUUGCUGCCAACAAUACGACACAGACUGAUGACAUCGACGAUGAUGAUCAGACACCACCGCCAUCGCCGGCGUUGGCUGGCGGCAAUGAUGCCAACUCAGUACAAAACAAUUUACCAUGUUACAGUCGAAAUAUGACAUUUCCGCGACAACAUUUGAGUGUUGGUGGACCCUCCCAUCAUGGUUCAGGUGCUAUCGGAGGAGGAGGGAUGGGAGGAGGUGGAGGCUUAGGGGGUGGAGGUCUCGGUCUUGGUCUCGGUGGCGGUGGGAGUAGCUAUGGAUCAAGACACUCCUCGGGUCACAGAGUUGAUUUGCCCGCCUUAAUAACCGAAGGUGAUUAUCGGCAAUUCGCACCGAUGAAUGAUGGUGGUGUGGAUGGAGCAAAUGGCGGAUGUGAGGGAGGGCAUUUGUCGGAUAUGAUGCCCGAUGUUGCCAUGGCUACGGCUUCUUUGGGGCAAUUGCAUUUGGCUGGAGAGCCGCCGGAUAGUUUGCAGUUGGAUUUAGGUGAUGGACCAAGUCACAUCAUGGGCGCAGCUGGACCAAUUGGAUUGCGGGGACUGCAGCAUCAGCUGCCGCCAAGCAACUACCACCAUUUUAUGCAGCGUUCAGAUUCUCCAUUCGAUGUUUUACGUCAAGGUCAGCCAUCGCCAGCACCGCCGCAGGGGACAUAUAAUUCAGGACCACCCAGAUAUUUAUAGAGUUUGAGAGUGGCCCCCGAUGAGGGCCUUUAUUUUAGCAUGCCUUUUUGAAAAAUAUAAAACAAAACAAAAAAAAUGUGUUAUAAAUAAUUUUAAUGAGAACAAACAAAAACAAAAUUCAAAUUCAAGCUAAAAUAAAGCGAACAAAAGAAACAAACUAAAUUUAUAAAUAUUAUACAUAAAUUAUAAAUUAAAAAUAAAAUUAAAAACAACAAAAAAAACACAAAAAAAUUACGUUAAUAAUUAAUUGUAUUUAAAUUAUAAACAAAACGAAAAAAAAUAAUAUUUAUUAAAAAGAAAACAAAAAAAAACAACCUUAAAUAUUAACAAAUAUUAUAUAUACACCAUAAACAAUAUAUAUACAUAUUAUAAUAGAAAUAUGAAUAUAUUUGAAAAAAUAAAAUACAAAAUUUGAUCAAAAUUCAAGCGCACGAUGUUAUAAAAAAGAAAAAGAAGCAUGAAGUGAAAACAAAAAUUAUAAUAUCUAAAAACAUUGCAAAAUAAAACGAAAGAGAAUAGAAAGAAAAGGAAAAAAGUGUGUAUUUUUAAAAAGAAAAACAAAAACAAAAUAGUUGCGCGUUCAUUUUCUUUUUUUACUAUUAUUUUCAAAAUUAUUUUGUGAUAAAGGAUCUCCUUUUGUUAAAAAAUGAAAGAAAAAAAAUAAGAAUAAGUUACAAAAUUUUUCUUACUGCGCAAAAUAAUUGUUUCCAUUUCCAAUGGUCAAAUUUAGAAUCUAAAUUAAAAUUUAAACAAAUUACAAAGACAUUAAAUUUCAUAAGAUUAAAAAUUAAAAAAACAACAAAAAAAAUGUGUGCGAAUGACAGAAACAAAAACUAUUUAAAAAAAUAAAAUAAAACGAAAAACGAUUAUUUUUAUUGUUGUAGGACCUUAAUAUGGCUUAUAACAAAACACAAAACAAAACAACAACAAAAAAAGAAUACAAAUUGAAAUUUAAAUUAAAUUACAAACAAAAAAUAUAUUUAAAAAGAAAAGUGCAAUACGAUUUUUGCCAAGCAGAAUUAUAUUUUUGAAUUUAUUACUAGCUCACAAUUUUGUUACGCUUUUUUUUUAUUCUCAUACAACAAAAAAACAAAAAUCAAAGAUAAGACAGUUCAAAACAUUAACUGUCUUCAUGCAUUGGUUGUAUUCUAAGUACUGAUUAAUUUAAAUAUCAUCAUCUCGCACUUACUUUUCAUAAUUUUCAUAUAUUUAUAUUUUGUUUAAUUUAUGUAAUUUUGGUUAUAUUGAGUUUAUUUAUACAAAAUGAAAACUUGAGUAUUUAAGCGUGGUUAAGUCCCGAGUGUAAAUGAAAAAAAAAUGUCAUGUAUCACACCUCAUUUUUUUUUUCUUGAACAUUAAAUUUAAAGAUUUAAAAUUAUAUUCAAGUAUUUAAAAAUUGAGAUUUAGCAUUUCUAAUUUUUGAGGACAAAAGAAGUUACGAUAAAUAUAUUUUUUUUUUGUAUGGGACCUGCCUCUUUGAGUAAUUAACAAAUCCUUCCUAAGUGCAUCUCAAAUAAUUUGUUGUAAAAUUCAAGGACACAGUAAUGGUUGGUUAAGUCUGUACUACGUAGACCACAAUUUUUUAAUUGCAAUCUUAAAAUAUUGAUAAGAAAGAAUUUUGUUUCCAUUUCACAUAGAAAUACGAUAAUUUCCUGUUAUUACCUGUGUUCCAGACCUAGUUUCAAACAGUCUCAGACACUUCAAAAGUUGUGCCUAUUCUUACAAAAGAGAGCACAUUUCCCCUUUUUGCCAGAAGUGAAAGAAUGGUCGCAUUCACAAAGCUAGUGGCUACGUUGUCAAAAUUCAACUAGCUUUGUGAAUGCAGAAUCAGAAUAGUCAAUCUGGAACUGUCAUAUUAUUGACAAAUACAAAUAUAUAAAAUAAGAAACAUUUUUGAUUUAAUAACUUUAACUUAUCUUUUGUGUUUUUAAAUUCAGUAAAAUCAAAUUUAAGACACAAGUCGAAUGCUUUGUAUUUGUAUUUAAAUACUGCAUGAUUUCUUUCAUUUUGAAUUCGUGUGUCUUUUUAGAGCAGCUGAUUGAGAAACGUCAAAAUCAUUCAACAAAACACUACGUCGCGUCGGAGGGGUAAUUUCAACUAUUUUUGUAGUUAGACUUAGCCAAUCAGAAUCCCUUGAAUGCGACCAAUUUCUUCUGGCGAUUUCUGGGCUGGCUGUCAAUUUCGAUUUGACGUUCACGCAAGUAAUGACAGAAGAAAAAUAAUAAUUGUCAAUAUUUAUUGAAAAUUGUAGUGAUUUUUUGAGAAAAAAAAUCAUUUAAGUUUCAUAAUUUAAGGAAUAAUUUUAUUUUUAUUUAAAAUAAAUAUACUUUCACUUGGUGCGAAAACCGUUUCAGACUUUUUGACAGCAUUUCAUCACCACUCUUUAAAUUUGACAUUUGACCAACUUUUAGUGCAAGAAAUGUCUGAAACAGACUUAUUGUGGAGUACCACUUGGUACCCUAAUUUUUACAUUUUACAUAAACUUUUUGGGAUUGAGUAAGUCCUCAACUGAUGUUAUCGACAUAAAUAUUGUUUCCGUUGACCAAUUACCUGUUAACAUACAUAUUCUAUACAAUAUUUGAAUACUUAUCUAUUUCAUGUAAAUAUGAACAAAACAAUAGAUUUUCACAUGAAAUACCACCAUUUGUGUUCAAAAUCAUUAAAACGGCAUUAUUUUCUUUCAUUUAUUUAAACAAAAUAAUUUUAUGCGAGAACUUUUCAUCUGUUCUUUGCUUUAAAUUUUCUAGAGAUGCAGGCUUUAUCGUAGUAGGCAAAAUUAAUAAAAUAUGAAUUUUAAAGUUUUUCAAAAGUUAUUGCCUUUGUCCUAUUUUUUAUCACAAGGCCCUGAGUUUCUAUUUAAAUGUUUAAUCUGUGUGAUAUUUUAAUCAUGUUUUUUAUUAGAAUCUGAAUGCUAGCACGCUUUUUAUUACAUACCAAGUUUUUUUUUUAAUUUUUUUUUAUAUUUGAUUUUAUUUUUUUUACGAAUCUCAUUUUAUUAUUAAUUUAUUUAUUAUCACAAAUUACAAACAACCAUAAAAUACAUGAAAAACGACAAAACGGUCAAACAUUUAUUCCGGAAAAUAAAAAAAAAUAAAAAAGACAACGAUAUACGAGAAAAUAUAUCUAAUUGUUUUAAUUAUAAUAUAUUUUUUAAAUAAAUUACAUUCAUGAUGCAAAACCAUCGACCAUGAAUAACACAAAACAAAACAAA